AUGGCAACUUACUACAGUUUCGACAACACAAUCAGUGCGUUCUUCGAAAUCAACACAGCCGCGACAAGAAAGCAAUGCGAUGCGUUUGCCUUCUCUCGUGCUGGUGGGCAGGUCCACCCCGUGCAGAUACAGGGAACGUUCAGCUAUACCGUCACGGCGGGGACCGACAAGUCCAAAAUCUUUCAGUUCCGCAUCCAGGACUCCAGCAUCGACAUGGAAAUCAUGAACCUGGCCAAGACGGUCCAUCCGCAACUUGUCGCUGGCUGCAAAUAUCACGGAACCAUUGGCGAUUCGAGGCCCGUACACGUCUACGAGAUGGGCAACAUUCCCGGAGCCGCUUACAUUAUCUCGCGCCAUACCUCGGUUCCCCAGCCGCCUGAUUCUGUUUCCCGGCAGCGCAGGACUGUGAAAGACCUCGCGAGGCGUGCUCAGACGAUGUUGAUCGCGCGAAAGGAAUCAGCGCUGAUUGCCUUCUUCGCACAGUCAUGGAACAACGGUCAACAUUUGUCCCAAGACACUACAGAAGCUCUGCUGAGGGAGUUCAGCUCCAAGUUUGACCUUCUCGCUCAAUCGCUCCCGGGUCGUUGUGCUUCAAACUUGAGCAGAGUUCGGCAAGCCCUCCCUUCUCUCUUCUCAGGGGCUCUUCCUUUCGUCCUCACCUAUAGCGACCUCUGCAAGAUAAAUCUCCUCAUCAACCCUAAAACAGGAAAAAUUAUAGGGAUUAUCGACUAG